GGACUGGCUAGCCCGGGUUCCCAGGCGCCACCGUGCACUGUCCCGCCCCGCAGAGACUCUCCGGUAGGGGAGAGUCGCGUGCCGCCCGGAGACGGUCCCCAUUGCAGGACACAGCUCCUGUGCCGUGGGGCUCCCGGCUCCCUCGCCCUGCGAGCUCCCCGCCGCAGCCAGUGGUGCCGACUCUGCUCCAGCUACCCUGUUGCUGCGCCCCGCCCGGCCAGGAAAAGUUUCUGGAGUUGUCAAUCGCGGUCAGCGCGAAUCGAGGUGCAGAGUCCUGGCCGUGGGGCUCGUACCCGGCGGAGCCUGGGGCAUGCGACGCGGGGGCGCGGCCCGGUGACGCCGCGGGCGGGGACCUUGCGCCCCGGCGGCCGACGCGCUGCUGCGGGCUGUGGGUAGCGCGGGGACCCGGACGCACGGGGACGCGGUCAUGGAGGAGGACGCGGGAGCUGCGGGCCCGGCGCCGGAGCCCGAGCCCGAGGUGGAACCGGUGCAGGAACCUGAGCCUGAGCCUGAGCCUGAGCCCGAGGCCGGCACAUCCGAGGCGUUCUCCCGCCUCUGGACCGACGUGAUGGGCAUCCUGGAUGGCUCCCUGGGAAACAUCGAUGAUCUGGCACAACAGUAUGCAGACUAUUACAAUACCUGCUUCUCUGAUGUUUGCGAGCGGAUGGAGGAGCUUCGCAAACGACGAGUUUCCCAGGACCUGGAUGUGGAGAAACCCAACGCCGGCCCCACGUCACUUCAGCUGCGGUCCCAGCUCGAAGAGUCCCUUGGCUUCUGCAGCGCCGUGUCAACACCAGAAGUGGAAAGAAAGUACCCUCUUCAUAAAUCAAACUCGGAAGACGGCUGUGUAGGAAAAGGAGAUUGGAAGAAGAAAAAUAAGUACUUCUGGCAGAAUUUUCGAAAGAACCAGAAAGGCAUCAUGAGACAGACUUCAAAAGGGGAAGACGUGGGCUACGUGGCAAGUGAGAUAACGAUGAGCGACGAGGAGCGCAUUCAGCUCAUGAUGAUGGUCAAAGAGAAAAUGAUCACCAUUGAAGAAGCGCUUGCUAGGCUGAAGGAAUACGAGGCCCAGCACCGACAGUCAGCUGCCUUGGACCCUGCAGACUGGCCCGAUGGCUCCUAUCCAACUCUGGAUGGCUCAUCCACCUGCAACUCAAGAGAACAAUCAGAUGAUGAGACCGAGGAGUCGGUGAAGUUUAAGAGGUUACACAAGCUGGUAAACUCUACUCGAAGAGUCAGAAAGAAGCUAAUUAGGGUGGAAGAAAUGAAAAAGCCAAGCACUGAAGGUGGAGAGGAACAUGUGCUUGAGAACUCCCCAGUCCUGGAUGAAAGGUCCGCACUCUACUCUGGAGUGCACAAAAAGCCAUUUUUCUAUGAUGGCUCCCCUGAGAAACCUCCAGAAGAUGAUUCAGAGUCUCUCACCCCGUCUCCAUCAUCUAGCAGCCUGGAUACUUGGGGAGCUGGCCGGAAGUUGGUCAAAACCUUCAGCAAAGGAGAAAGUCGGGGCCUGAUUAAGCCCCCUAAGAAGAUGGGGACAUUCUUCUCCUACCCAGAAGAAGAAAAGGCCCAGAAAGUGUCCCGCUCCCUCACCGAGGGGGAGAUGAAGAAAGGUCUUGGGUCCUUGAGUCACGGGGUAAGUACCGAUGGCGUUUUCUUCUAUGACAACCAUCGGCGUAGGCACCACUUUCUGGUGUCCCUGGAGGAGGUUCAGAGUGUCCGUAAGCAAAUCCGCUUGAAGAAAACGGAUACGAAUUACUCCUGUUCCAGAACUUUUCUCUGCCAGCGGCCCUCCAGGAAAGGAGUAAAUGGCACCACCUGUGACCCGCUGCCCCGGCCGAAGCCCAAGGGGGGCGGCGGCGGCGGUGGCGGCGGCGGCGGCGGUGGCGGCGGCGGCGGCGGCUGCGGCUUCCCUGGCAGGAGGGGCCGAGGGCGCACCUCGGUCAGCGAGUUCAAUAUCACCUACGUGGUGGAGCGGAGUCUCUACAGCCACCUGAACCUGACCCAGCUCGUGCGUCCUGCCUCAGACAGGACGCUGAGCAAGGCUGAGAAGCAGGACCUGAGGCGGUGCUUGCUGGAGGAGGAUGAGGAGGCGAAGAGGAAGUGGGCUGCCACGGUGGACCGCUGUACUAAAAGGGUUCUCUUGAGAAUCCACCAGAAGUCCAGAACUUGCAGCUUUGGUGGAUUCGACCUGACAAAUCGUUCUCUGCAUGUGGGCAGUAAUAAUUCGGACCCUCUGGGUAAAGAGGGAGAUUUUGUGUACAAAGAGGUAAUCAAAUCGCCAACCGCCUCCCGCAUCUCUCUUGGGAAAAAGGUGAAAUCAGUGAAAGAGACAAUGAGGAAGAGGAUGUCUAAGAAAUACAGCAGCCCUGUCUCUGAGCAGGACUCGGGGCUUGAUGGAAUGCCCAGCUCUCCUGCCUCGGUAAAGCCUGACCCUGAACACGUGGACAAGCCCAAGCUCAAAGCCGGGGGUUCUGUAGAAAGUCUUCGGAGUUCUCUGAGCGGCCAGAGCUCAAUGAGUGGCCAGACGGUGAGCACCACUGAUUCCUCCACCAGCAACAGGGAGAGCGUCAAGUCAGAAGAUGGAGAUGAUGAAGAACCACCCUACCGGGGUCCCUUCUGUGGGCGUGCCCGCGUGCACACUGACUUCACCCCUAGUCCUUAUGACACAGACUCUCUGAAGCUCAAGAAAGGAGAUAUCAUUGAUAUAAUCAGCAAGCCACCCAUGGGUACCUGGAUGGGCCUGUUGAACAACAAAGUCGGCACGUUCAAGUUCAUCUAUGUGGAUGUGCUCAAUGAGGAAGAGGAGAAGCCCAAACGUCCUGCCCGGAGGAGGAGGAAGGGAAGACCACCCCAGCCCAAGUCUGUGGAGGAUCUCCUGGACCGGAUCAACCUGAAAGAACACAUGCCCACUUUCUUGUUCAAUGGCUAUGAAGACCUGGACACUUUCAAGCUCCUGGAGGAAGAAGACUUAGAUGAGUUAAACAUCAGGGACCCAGAACACAGAGCAGUUCUCUUAACGGCAGUGGAGCUGCUACAGGAAUACGACAGUAACAGUGACCAGUCUGGGUCCCAGGAGAAGCUGCUGGUGGAUAGCCAAGGCCUGAGUGGAUGUUCCCCACGAGACUCUGGUUGCUACGAAAGCAGCGAGAACUUGGAAAAUGGCAAAACUCAAAAACUCAGCAUUCUGGCUACCAAGUCAUCCACAGACUCCAACUUAAAGUCUUUCAACAGGAGUCAGCCAGGCAAUUACCCAACAUUGCCUUUAACAAAAUCAGUGGAGGUCCGCAAGCCGGGAGAGGAGAGCAGGCUGGGACGAGGUCUAGCCCCGGACACUGCCAAGCGCUGUGAUGUGCCCUGUGCGACUGGUGUGAAUAAAAACCGAAGGAGCCUCCCGGUCUCCAUCUGUCGCAGCUGUGAAACCUUGGAGGGCCCUCAGCCAGUGGAGAGUUGGCCCCGAUCCCAUUCCCUGGAUGACCUUCAGGGAGAUGCUGGUGCUGGCAAGGAUGUGCCCAGCGAGGUGCAGGACGUCUGUCCUCAGAAUGUACCAGAAGUGCCACAGAAGACAUCUGCCUGCACCUCCGAGGCUCUACCCCGAGGCCGAGGUCCUACUGCGGAAGACGGGAUGCUUCCGACUCAAAGCAAGAGAUUUUCUGAGCCCCCGAAAAUGAUGGCUAAGAAACUGGAUGGAUCCGCAGUGGCCUCUAACCUUGGCAUAUCUCCUCCUCAGUGUGUACCCAGAAAUUUCGAGGCUCAGCCUCCAGUUAAACCCGGCUUAACAAGGACGUCUCUUGAGGGUCACAGAAAAGGACAUGACCACCACCCCCUGGGCACCAAAGAAGGGACAGAUGGGGAGCAGAGCGCCCCGGAGACCAGGACGCAGCCCAGACAUCCGUCGCAGCCCCCGCCUGUGCCUGCCAAGAAGAGUCGAGAACGUCUGGCCAAUGGCCUGCACCUGGUCCCCAGCCUAGAGGCGCCCACCCUGCCGCUGAAGAAGACCAGCCCGGCCAGCCCCGCCAGCCCCGCCAGCCCCUGUGACUGCCCCUCUCUCCGGGAGCCCAGGCCUCCCUUGGGGGCCGAGCCUGGCAGCCCAUCCUGUGCAAGACCUCCACCCUGGCUGGCGGAGCUGCCCGAGAGCACCAGCCUGCAAGAGCAUGGUGUGAAGCUGGGCCCAGUGCUGAGCAGGAAGGUUUCCUGCGUCCGGGGCGUGGACCUGGAGAUGCUCACGGAGAACAAGCUGCAGGCCGAGGGCAUUGAUCUCACUGAGGAGCCCUACUCUGAUAAGCAUGGCCGUUGUGGGAUCCCUGAAGCUCUGGUGCAGAGAUAUGCUGAGGACUUAGAUCAGCCUGAGAGGGAUGUUGCCACCAAUAUGGACCAGAUCCGGGUGAAGCUGCUUCGGAAGCAGCAUCGGAUGGCGAUCCCAAGUGGUGGGCUCACGGAAAUCUGCAGAAAGCCCCUCUCUCCGGGAUGUGUCGCAUCCAUGUCGGAUUGGCUCAUUUCCAUUGGCCUGCCCAUGUACACCAGCACCCUUUCUGACGCAGGGUUCAGCAUGCUGAGCCAAGUGCCUUCCCUGUCCCACACUUGCCUUCAGGAGGCCGGCAUCACCGAGGAGCGACACAUAAGGAAGCUGCUAUCCGCAGCCAGACUCUUCAAACUGCCACCAAGCCCUGAGGCCAUGUAGCCAGGCCUGCCACGGCCCUCCCUGGACAAGAGCCAGCCUUCCACUGUGCUUAUGAAGCUGAUACAAUCCCUCCAAUAUCUGCUGGGGUUGACCUGACCCAGAAGGAAAGUCCCUGUGAGGGGCUCACAAAUCGCAGGAUUAGGACCAGAACUGAGGAAAAAGGACCCCCUAUUCCAAGGAAGUCAGUAUGGUUCUUUUUGAUCCCCAAAGGCAAGACAAGCACUUAGUUUUCUUCUCAGACACAGAAAAGCCAAGACGCCGAGUUCUUGCAAACCCUGUGCAUCCAGUCUGUCUUUGUGCUGGCAGAGGGCUAGGAGGAGCGGACGAGGCAGCCCACUCCUGUCUGAUUGUGCUCUCGUCCACCUGUUGGUCACCCCGCUGGAUGCUGAAGCCCGAUGGGCUGAGCUAGGCCAAAGCAACAGACUCUGGAGUUACUGUACACUAUGGACCAUCCUCAUUUGUUCAAAAUCGAGAACAGCUGAGUACACCCAGAGCAGCCCUCCUCUCCUGUAGAUAAACAAGGGACAUUUUAAUUGCUUCCUAGCAAUUACUUUUAUUUGCCUUAAUAUAAACUUUUAAUCAGUUAUCUAUCUAGUGUCUGCAACCCUUAACCCUAGGUUCCAAAUCUUCAGCUUAGACUGCCGUCUAACGUGUUUGGGGUGUUUCCAGCAAAAAUAGCCUUUUUUUUUUUUUUUUAAAGUCUCGUUCUAACAUGGUUUAUUUUAUAGAGGUGACUACCAGGCACACAUUUCAUGUUGACUUUUAAGCUUUUAAACUAACUAUAAUUUUAGUAAAAGUCCAUCUGGAUUCACAGAGGGGCAUGUGUACUGACUGCCCUUCUUUCUACUCACUUUAGUCAGUGGCCGUCAUGGUGGCCACGAUGUUGCAGCAUUUAUGUGGAAUCCCGACCACAUCCAUUCCAAAAUGCAGUCGUCAGCUAAUGGAUCACCUUCGCAGAAAGUCAUUGUGAUGUUGCAUAUUUCAGAAAGAUUUGUUUUUUUCUAAAAAAAGGGAAGUAGUUUACAUGCAGUUUUUUGUUUGUGUUUCACUUUUUUUUUCUUUUUGGCCAGUUCUAUAAUUGUUUUUUAUCUUUCAUUUGUUACUUAUUUUAAUUCAAACAGAGGUUUGUUAUGGAGCCAGACAAACCACAUUAGCUGUGUGUUAAAUAUUGCAUACUUUCAAUGGUUUUUCCAACUGUGAUUUCAGCGUAUUCUAUCCUCUUCUCGUCUAGUGUCUGGUUUUCCUAGCAGUCAGCAAAUUUAGACAGGUACACAGGCCCCAUUGCUUACCAAGUGUUUUUUCUUCACAUUCUCAUAAGCACUAUGUCUCAAGUUACCAUAGAAGCAUUUUGAACUCGAGGCCCGGAUCAAAAAUCCUCUGAUAUUUCAUUGGGUUAUUAAUACACAAUUUCCCACAGGAGAGAAGGGCAAGUGAUUUUAUUAAUAACAAAGCCAUCCUGACCAUAUGCUUUAUGUGGCUGAAUCCAUGUCUCUGAGUAAAAGAACAUCCUCAGGUGAUGUCUUUUUUAUUUUACUUUUUUCAUAUUUUGGCAUGCAUUUAGAAUAACAAUGUUAUGUUUUUUCCAUUCCACCGUCUUCUAUAAGAUGCCGUGUGAAGAAGUUGAGGCAAUUUAGAAGAAAAAGGUAAAACCGGCUGGGCGGUGGUGGCACACGCCUUUAAUCCCAGCACUUGGGAGGCAGAGUCAGCAGAUCUCUGUGAGUUUGAGGCCAGACUGGUCUACAGAGCUUGAUCCAGGACAGGCACCAAAACUACAUGGAGAAACCCUGUCUCGCCAAAAAAAAAAAAAAAAAAAAAAGGUAAACCUCCAGAUUCCUAUUGGACUCUUAAAAAAAAGAGCUCAUACUUGGCCUCCUAGGUUGUGGCAUAGCCCAACUAAUGGGUGGGGUUGCAGGGUUUUCAGCCAGCUACAGCAUCCUGGUAAUUUCCCAUGCUGUUGUGGGGCUGGUAUUAGAAAAUAGGCUUCUCCCCAUGCUUUGAAAUAACCCUGGCCUGACAUUGUAACAGACUCUGCUCAUGAUUUUGGCUAAGCAAAGAGACUACAAAAAGUCACCUUAGAGGUAACAAGGGAGAAAGAGAAACCUCAUGUGAAUUCCAUGUUUUAGUUCAUUCUCAAUGUAGGGUUUUCUUUUCAGUCAAACUAGCACCAGAGGUCUUGAGAAUGCCAAACAAUAGUUUGAUCACUCUGGAAAUCAUUGCCUUUGCAUGGAGAUUUAAAUUCAGGGACCAUGAGUUUAGUGUGAAUGUCGAAGGGGCUGAGGUUGUCCUUUUCUUUCUUUUUUUUCUUCCUAAUAUAUCUUUAGUGUUUUGUUUGGUUUUUUGUUUGCUUUUAACAAUUCAUUUGGUCUGAAUAAAGCCUGAAUGUUGGUGUGUGACGCUGAGGUGGCUUUGGGGCUGCCUGUGGCUGUUGGUGGACAGGUGGCAGGCUUUAGCAAGAUCCAGUUUUGAUCAGUUAGUUGCAGUUGGUACAGAAUUUUGAGUGGCGUUGAAAAUGGUUGUCUUUGGAAAGCACAAAAGAAACCUGGAAAGGCGUUUCAGCUCAGGUAGCUACCCAGAGUGUGUGUGAUUUGUGCGUCACAGCUGUCUGCAGAGAAAGCAGCUGCCCAAACUACUAUUUACAUUCCCAGAUAAGGAGAGCAAAUAGCUUUUCAUGGCCUUGCAUAUUUGGGGGCCCUUUUCUCUGUCCUAACCCCAGGUGUGGAUGAAAUUGGAAAUGAUUCCUCUGUGAGAAACGUAUCCCCAGCACAGCAUAGUGUGUUUCACAACCGCAGUGGAACCGAGAGAUUCCCAAGUCACUGCUGUGUGCCGACUGAGUGAGGUUCCGGAAAAAUCUAACUGUCUUGCGUCCAAGUUAUCUUGAUUUUUAAAUUGAAUAAAUUUAAAUAGAAAGAGAGAAACAAACUGUCAAGCAAGUUCUUUGACAACUAACAACAUUGCACUUUCUGUAUAUGAAAUCAAUAUUUAAAUAACUUAUUUUUCUCCAUUACUGUUCUUAAACAUUGUAAGUAGCUGUAAUAUACCAAUACCAAUACGUUCUUGCAAUUGCUUCAGCCCAAGAAAGCUGUGUAUUGUUUUAAAAAUUGUAAAAAAAAAAAAAAAAAAAAAAAUUAUUGUGAUGAUCCAUUUAGAAAAAGGAAGGUGGACAGGAGGGUAUCAAAACUUGUCUAUAAUUAUGUCAUCUAUGUACCUAGGGGAAAAAGUAAAUAAAUUUCUUCAGUCGA